GCGAGAGUCGACUUCGCUUUUGGUUCGUCGUCUGUUGCAUUCCCGUUGCUUGGCUGUCCAGGUGCAGUUAAGGUUGAUUGAUUGUAGCAACGAAAGAUGGCAGAAGAACCGUUCGUUGUUGCCGAAAAUUUACUUCUUUUGGCCGAAAAAAUUAAAGAAGAUUUUCCUUACUCUGCCUCAGUGUACAACAGCCUGCUGCUCCACGCCAGAGAUCACGCCCAUACCUUCAAAUUCUUCACGCUGAGAGGCCGCCCGGAGUCCCAUGCUGUCAUGUGGAUUAACGAGGCCAAAACCGAAAUCGGCGUCCACGCUAAACCCGACGAAAUCCCUCUACUGAAGGAGGCGUUGACGAAGACCAAACUCUUGGCGUGGCAAUUAGAUCGCAUUUUCUGCUUCUACAACGUCCAAGAUUACCUGACGGAGGCGGUGCAGGACGUGGCGACGUGCAAGCUGGGGAAGCCCUUGUUGCUGGGAAGUGUCUAUACCUUCGUGAGGGAGGUCGAUCAUUUUCCUCCCCUGUGGUGCGGCGCCGGCCUCCGCGUGAGCAAGCUGGGUCGCGCCGGCGUCGCCCACAUGCUGGCGACGAGCAAGCACCACAAGCACCGUGACGUGGACGAAAUCCUCCAGCUGGCGGAGGGCGCCUCGUCCGCCGGCGUGUACGAGGACGAGGGCGCUUCUCAGGACACGCUGGUGGACGCGGGCGCCAUGCCCUCAGGCCCGCAGGAUCGCAAGCCCCUGGCGUGGGUGACGUGCCUUCAGUACGGCGCCCUGGCAGCUCUCAUGACGGAGCCGGAGCACCGCCGGAGGGGCCUCGCUCAGCUGGUGAUGGAGGCGGCGGGGAGGGGCAUGGCCGGCCAGGGCUUCGUGCCCCACGCCUAUGUGGAGAAGGAUAACGGGCCGUCCUUCAGGAUGUUCAGCAGGAUGGACGGAUGGCGCAGGGCUCAUGACGCCAUCUUCAUGCAUACUUAGGGAGGGGAAUUUUUGGCUCUCUCUUUCUUAGUAAUUCUCUCUCUCUCUCUCUCUCUCUCUCUCUCUUUCUCUCUCUCUCUCUC